GUCUUCGUUUCGCAUCAAGUACAGCCAGUCUCAAAACUGAGACCGAAGUGGACACAAGCGAAAAUGAGGUUGUUGCUCCAGACUUCACUAACAGGAAUCCUCGGAACUUGGAGCAGUUGGCCCUGGCUAGGAAGGAACGUGGCUGGAAGACAACGUGGCCAAAGCGUGAAUUCUGGCAUAGAUUACGGCUUGAGCGGACACAGCAUUAUGUAGAAGCCUUUGUUGAGCGCUCUAAUGGGGAUGUUGUGGUGUCUGCCUCUACCCGAGAGUGGGCCAUCAAGAGACACCUAUACAGUCCCAAGGGAGUAGCAGCAUGCAGAAACCUUGGCCGCGUAAUGGCACAGCGCUGUUUGGAAGCAGGAAUCAACUUUGUGAACUUUAAAGCUGUUAUCCCCUGGGAAUAUCGAUGUGACUCGAUUCAGGAAUUCGAGAAAGCUAUCAAGGAGGGUGGUGUUGUUCUGCGUGAGCCAAGAAGAAUCUAUGAGUAA